GCGGAGGCGCUGGCCAAGCGCCCGGCGCUCGCCGCCGGCGAGGUGCGCAGCGCGGGCGGCGGCGUGUCGGUCGCGGCCCACCUGCGGGGCGACGCCUCGGGCUGGUUCGGCGAGGGGGACGGGGGCACAGAGGCCCUCGUGCUCCUACGCGCCCGAGUCCAGAGUGCCGUGCUCGCGCUGGGGGUCGUGGCGCUGGCGGGCGACGAGCUCGUCCCCUCGCGGGUGCAGGUCGCCGAGUUUCCUCCGGGCGGCUGCUUCAAGCGGCACCGGGACAACCCCAACCGCAACGGCCGCAUCGUCACUGCCGUCUACUACGCGAACGAGGGCUGGGCCGACGGGGACGGGGGAGCGCUGCGGCUGCACCUCGGUGCGGGCGCGGGCCACGUGGACGUGCUGCCGCGGCUGGACACGCUGGUGCUCUUCAAGUCGGCCGCCGUCCCCCACGAGGUGCUGCCGGCUCGCCGGGCGCGCCUCGCGGCUACGGUCUGGAUAGAGUCCCGCGCCGAGCGCGAUCGAAGCUGGUGCUCGCAGAAGCCAGAGGCCGCCCUCGCC